AUGGGGACCAAGGCAGAGCCUCGAAAUGAAAAUAUGCUAUUCGGCCUCUCUGAACAUCUCGCCUCGCUGGUUGGGCGACGAUUUACAACUGCAAAGAAGGCCGGGUCGCUGGUCUUCUCGCAAACAGAGGUGACUUCGCUGCGUUCGUCCAGUGUUCCCUUCCAACUCAGAUACUGUCCAGCGCUGGCAGUCAAGCCGACCAACAACACCCCUCCACAGCCCACCAGUACGAGCAGCGAGGAUGCGAAACCAAAGCCGAAGAUAGACCCCUUUGAAAACCCGCAUACCGACCUCCUAAUCGCCCAGAUACCGGCAUCCAGCCCGAGCCAUAUCCUUGUUCUAAACAAGUUCCCCGUCAUACCAAACCAUUUCAUUCUUGCAACGAAGGACUUCAAGCCGCAGACACAUCUGCUGGAGGCAAACGAUCUCCAUGCAGCAUUUACAUGCCUAAAGGAGUGGGAAAAGCCGGCUGAUGAGCAGGGUGGGAGAGAAGAUACGCAGGCUGUAAAGCAGCAGAAGCGUCUCUUUGCCUUCUUCAAUUCUGGAGAGCAUAGUGGUGCAAGCCAACCCCAUCGUCAUCUACAGUUCCUACCUGUAGAGGACAUGCGUCAAGUUGAUGAUGCCGCGAACUGGGCGCCCCUGAUUGACGCAGAGGAUCAUAUCGAGAAUAGCGAGGGAUUGGAGGUACCUGAGCAGCAGAAAUUGCCAUUCGUUACCUAUACAGCCGCGAUGCCCUCCAACCCAACCCCGGAAGAGUUACAUCGGGCAUACUUGUCCCUGUAUGCAAUGGCUGUGACCUCUGCCGCUCAACAUUCGGAGUCGUUGUUGAGUAACAUCUCCGCCUCGAGAGCGCUAGGAACCCAUGGUGAAGCCGCUAUUAGCUAUAACCUAGCCAUGACGACCUCAAAAAUGAUGAUUUGUCCACGCAGAAGUGAGCAUGCCUGGAUUCCACUAGAGCCUGCACUUGAAGGUGGCCUCGUUGAUGAAGGGUUGGUAAAACUCAAUGGGACGAUACUGGCGGGAACGUUGAUGGUUAAAGCUGAAGCGGAGUGGAACGCCCUUAAACAGCAGCCUUCGAUGCUAGAAAAGAUUCUCAGUACCGUUGGAAUUCCGGCUUAA